CAGGGCAGCACCGCCCCGGCGCGGCGCGGCGCUCCCGGCGGCCGGAGCGCGCUCGGCGUGCGCGGGGCGAGCGGGGCCGAAUGGAGCCGCCCGGGCGCCGCCCGCCUCGCCAGCGCCCCCCGCCCGCGCCAUGAGGCUGCCGUAGCGCUUGGACCGAGCGCAGCCCCGCCGAGCCGCCCCCAUGGCGAAGGAGAGGAGCAGGAAGGCGCUGGUGGAGCUGCUCCAGCGGCCGGGGAACGCGGCGUGCGCCGACUGCGCCGCCCCGGACCCGGACUGGGCAUCCCACAGCCUGGGGAUCUUCAUCUGCCUGAGCUGCUCGGGCAUCCACCGCGGCAUCCCGCAGGUCAGCAGGGUGAAGUCCGUGCGCCUGGACGACUGGGACGAUGCCCAGGUGGAGUUUAUGGCCUCGAAUGGAAACAAUGUAGCAAAAGCAAAAUAUGAAUCUAAAAUGCCACCAUUUUAUUAUAAACCAACAUAUCUUGACUGCCAACUGCUGCGGGAGCAGUGGAUCCGAGCCAAAUACGAACGAAAGGAGUUCAUCCACAGUGAGAAGCAGGAGCCUUACUCUGCAGGGUACAGAGAAGGAUUUCUGUGGAAGAGAGGACGUGACAAUGGGCAAUUCUUAAGCCGAAAAUUCGUGUUAUCAGAGAGGGAAGGUGCUCUGAAGUACUUCAACAAAAACGAUGCAAAAGAACCCAAAGCAAUUAUGAAGAUCGAACACCUCAACGCGACUUUCCAGCCUGCAAAAAUCGGGAACCCUCACGGGCUGCAGAUCACUUACCUGAAGGACAAUAGCACAAGGAACAUCUUUGUCUAUCAUGAAGAUGGCAAGGAAAUCGUGGAUUGGUUCAACGCCAUCCGGGCAGCACGUUUCCAUUACUUACAAGUGGCAUUCCCUGGAGCCAGUGACUCUGAUCUGGUGCCAAAGCUUUCUAGAAACUACCUGAAGGAAGGAUACAUGGAGAAAACAGGGCCAAAGCAAACAGAGGGGUUCAAGAAGCGAUGGUUCACCAUGGAUGACCGACGGCUCAUGUAUUUCAAAGAUCCCCUGGAUGCCUUUGCUAGAGGGGAGGUUUUUAUUGGGAGCAAGGAAAACAGCUACAAGGUGCUGGAAGGGCUCCCACCAUCCACGCAGGGGAACCACUGGCAGCACGGGAUCACCAUCGUCACCCCCGACCGCAAAUUCCUCUUUGCCUGCGAGACAGAGGACGACCAGCUGGAGUGGAUCAACACCUUCCAGAAGGUGAUCAGCCGGCCCAUGCUGCCUCAGGAAUAUGCAGUGGAAGCCCAUUUCAAACAUAAACCUUAGCUGGGACUGGCUGGGCAGACCUGAGGAGUGAGCUUCUGUUUACAACACAACGUGGUUUUAUUUGAAAUGUUAAAAAUAAUUCAUAAUAACAGUAAUAUUAAUAACAAUAAUAAUACUUCCCUUUCCCCUCAUCAUUCACUUGAUCAUGUUGGAAGGGCAGCAGUGGAACGUCGGAGAAGAUCCUGAUCCAACUUGAAAUUCAGCUCUGUGGCUGCUCUGUGGGAUGGGACAGAUGGUCCUGCCACCCCAUCACCCCACACCUGCUGGAAGGGGUGUCCACCCAGCUUCACCAGGAUGGCAGAGACUGUUGGUGGCACAUCCCAGGGGCAGAUGGGACUUUUCCCCACGCUCAGGUCCCUGGGUGCUGGAGCUGAGUCUCCCUGCACUUCCAGAUGGCUGCCAGCCCUUUCCAGGGGGGCUGCAGGUCCCCAAGGGCUGAUGUCCCUGUGGGAUGGGAAACAGCCUGGAAACACAAAAUGUGCUGUGCAGAACAGCUGAGCCUGCCAUGGUGCUGGGGUAAAUGAUAAGUAAAUUAUCUCCCUGGGGACUGUGGUGAUGCUGUACCUGGAGAGGGUCAAGUAGAUUUAGAAAUUGAGGAGAUGGGCAUCAUCAGCCUCGUUAAUUAACGAAGGGCAGGGAGGAGGGGCUGCAAGGGAGACACCAGCCCGUGAGGUGAUGCUGGGGGAGCAGAGCUUUGGGGGCCAGGCCUGUGUUUGGCUCCCUGGGCCAUCCCUGUUCCAUGGUCUGGGGGCUUUGCCCCAUGUGGGGAGCCCAGUAUGGAACUGGGGGGUUGAGCUUUGUCUGCACUUUUUGCUGACAGGCACCAUCAAAGCCUGUCCCAGCUCACUCCCAGCAGGCACAUCCCUUCUCCAGACUUGGUGGUUGACUUUUUCCUCCAAUGAUUCAAAAUUUUUUUUGGUUGAUUUUUCUUUUCCUACCAAAAAAAAAAAAAAAGAAAAAAAAAGAAAAAAAAAAAGAAAAAGCUGCUUGAAGUGACGUUUCAGCGCGGUGUUGAGCACUGUAAUUCCUGCAGUCAGGGCAGGCUGGGAGCUGCACACCAGGUGCUGGAUUUUCACCCAAAAAUGAGAUUUCUGGCAUGGCCUGAAGGCCCAGCCCCAGCCAUGGACCUGUCCAACACAUUUCUUAGGUUGGUUGUGUAUCUGAGAGCAUCUCAUCGGCUGUGUGCAUUCGUUCUGUCACUGGUAAGACAACUGUGGUACUAAAUGUCAUUGGAACCAAUAAAUUAUUAUUAUGUCAGA